AUGGCUCCUUAUGAAGAUCUGCUUGGGAGGAGAUGUGGAUCUCCAAUUGGUUGGUUCAAAGUUGGUGAUGCUGAGCUAAUAGGGCUAUACUUAGUUCAUCAAGCUAUGGAGAAUGUGAAUAUUCUUCAAGAGACAUUGAAAACAGCGCAAAGUCAUCAAAAGUCCUACACUGAUGUUAGGAGAAGAGACUUAGAAUUCGAGAAAUGCUUGAGAGAUUCUUCACCCAUUGUUCCUAUAGAAAAUGUUGGAGUGAACGAUAGCUUGUCCUAUGAGGAGAUUCCUAUCCAAAAUCUUGAUCGUCAAGUUCAUAAAUUGACGACCAAAGAUCACUUCAGUCAAUGUCUUGUGGAGAAAUUAGUUUGUUGA